AAUUCAGUGUCUUUGUUUCUUUCAUUCAUCUUUGAUUUUUCAUUUUCUCUCUUUUUGUUUCUACACUGGCAAGUAGUUCAUGGUUCAUUCCAAAAAGUUCAUCGUCGGCCCUCUUUCAUUUGUCUCCAUCGGCUUGAUCAUCGGUGAUGAAAUGAGGGAGAAAUUUUAUGGUCACAUGAAUUUGGCUUGUUUGGUGUGACUUUUGCAUGUGAUUUUCAAGUUGAAUAUCGUGUUAUUUUCUUAGCAAACAAGAAAUGGUAAAUUUUGUUUUAAGUGUUUUGUUUUUGCAUUGCAAGUUCGAGAUGGUGUUAAUGAAUUCAUGAUAUCUUCUUAGCAUUCAGUUUAUUUUGAAGGGUAAUUUCUCAGUUUUGGUUCUUCUACGGUAUUGUUCACAGGGAUUGGUGAACUUCCCGAGAGAAAAACACAAUGUAUUGGGAAAAAAAAGAGAAAGAAAUAAGAAGCGGUCCCACUUGAUGGGCCCACAACCCUGUUCUUCCAUAUUAAAUUUUUCCUGAUUAUUAUGUUAUCCACUUACCAAUUUGAACAAAAAUAUGAAAGAGGCGAAGUUUAAAGUCCAGAUACAUCCAAGUUGAUGAAACAUCUAGAACUGGUGACUUUGUGCUUUUAGAAAUUCUUCUGUUUGGCCUUCCUAAUAAAUUUAUCAGCUUCCCAAAAACAGUGCGCAAAAUCCCAACUUUUGUCUGUAUUUUUUCUUUUCUCUACCGCAGAAUUGUAUCUUCUACUUUGAUGUAGAGCUAAUAAUAGAACUAGAAUGAUGAUAUAAAAAUUAUUGGGUCACUGCUUAGCAAUUUCAAGAAAGCUGGGCGUAAUGCGAUCAUAUGAACUGAUUGUUUUCUGUUUUGGAAUUACAGGUUCUUUCUCUCAAUUGGCAAUGUUACGACAGUUGGAAAACUCUCACGGCACAGGGCCUCCAAGAUUUAGAAGACCGCAUCAGAUGGACAGUUUCCUUCAAUUGCCCAGAGCUUUACCAUUAUGGGAAAAUGACAAGGAAGCAGAAACCUUACGUCUUGGACAUAUCAAACCUGAAGUUCUUAGCUGGUCUCCACGAAUCAUUUUACUGCACAACUUCCUAAGCAUGGAGGAAUGUGAGUAUCUUAUGGCUAUAGGGCACCCUUACCUUCACGAUUCAAUUGUGGGUGAUCCAAAAACAGGAAAGAUUUUCAAGAGCAAUGUCAGGACAAGCUCUGGUAUGUUCUUGAGUUUGGAAGAUAGAAAAUACCCAAUGGUGCAGGCAAUCGAAAAGCAAAUUUCAAUCUAUGCUCAAGUACCAAUCGAAAAUGGAGAGAAUAUGCAAAUUUUGAGGUAUGAGAAGAAUCAGUAUUAUGCAACCCAUACUGACUAUUUUUUUGGUAAAUUGUACAACUUCAAAGGUGAUGGGCAGCGAAUAGCAACAAUGCUUAUGUAUCUGGGUGAUAAUGUUGAAGGCGGUGAAACGUAUUUCCCAAUGGGUGGUUCGGGUGACUGCAACUACAACAACAACAACAACAACAAGCCUUUAUCCCACUAGGUAGGGUCGGCUACAUGGAUUGCGAGACGCCAUUGUGCUCUAUCAUUUAUUAAGCUUUUAGAAAUAUUAUUAACUAAGAGAUCACGUUCAACAACUUCCAAGAGUGUUCUCUUAGGCCUUCCUUUACCUCUCUUAAUCGGACUCAAAGGGUUCGGGUGACUGCAACUGUGGUGGUAAAAUUCUCAAAGGGCUCUCUAUGAAACCUAUAAAAGGAAAUGCAGUACUUUUCUGGUGUAUGGUUAGUAUCCAUAUUUGCUUUGUUAGAUAAAAGAAACUAGGCAUAUUUUUCCUUGAAAUUAUUAGAAAUGAGUUACACUUUCUAUGCUUAGAAAUAAUGUGAUUUGCUAUAUAUUUUA